AUGCACCUGCCCGGCUGCGCCCCCGCCAUGGCCGACGGCAGCUUCUCGCUUGCCGGCCACCUGCUCCGCAGCCCGGGAGGAAGCACCUCGCGGCUGCACAGCAUCGAGGCUAUCCUGGGAUUUACCAAGGACGACGCGAUCCUCGGUUCCUUCUCCGCGGAGCCGGGCGCCCGGGGCGCGAAGGAGCGGGAUAGGAGGCCGGGAGCGCGGGCCGCCUGCCCCAAGGCGCCCGGGGGAGGCGGCGAGCCCUCCCCGCAGCCUGCCCCGGCGCCUGCUCCGGAGUACGAAGCCCCUCGACCCUAUUGCCCCAAGGAGCCUGGGGAGGCACGGCCGAGCCCAGGGCUGCCGGUCGGUCCCGCCACCGGGGACGCGAAGCUGUCGGAGGAGGAGCCCAAGAAGAAGCACCGGCGGAACCGCACGACCUUCACCACAUACCAGCUGCACGAGCUGGAACGCGCGUUCGAGAAGUCGCACUACCCCGACGUGUACAGCCGCGAGGAGCUGGCCGGCAAAGUCAACCUACCCGAAGUCCGGGUCCAGGUGUGGUUCCAGAACCGACGGGCCAAGUGGCGGCGGCAGGAGAAGCUCGAAGUGUCGUCCAUGAAGCUGCAAGACUCGCCCCUCCUCUCCUUCAGCCGCUCCCCGCCCGCCGCGAUUGGCAAUGAGAUUUUGGAGAAAGAGCGCUACUUGCUAGGCUUAAAUAUACUGAAAGGGAGGUUAAAAACGAGGUAA